AUGAAGAAUUUCUUACUGGACAAUGAUGAGCAGGAUGAUCGUUUGUUUUGGUGGGAUCCCCCUCCUGAUAUUCAAAUCCUAUUGAUGGCAGAUAUGGCUGCUGUUGGUAGAUCUCGUGCUGUUAUCUGCACUCUCAGAUAUUUGGCAUAUAACUUGGUUGUGGAAAAUAGAUCAAAGCAUGAGGACCUUGCACUCUUGUUUACUUUAGUUCUGAUUGUGACCACUCUGCAAGCAGAUGCAGUGAAGGAGGAGAAUGAAAAAAGAACUAAGGCAAAACGCCAUCUUCUGAGUGAAACAGCACUUGGUCGAAAGGGAAAUCUUGCUGGUGGUAGCGACCCAAAGGAUCUUCCCAAGAAGGGUUCUGCAACUCAAAACACUAACACUGCUGAUUCUAGUAAUAAUAACCAAGCGAAUAAGAGUGAUGCCAAUGGUGGUGAUGAUGAUGAUGAUGAUGAUGCAAAUGAUAGUUUUGGUAAUUACGGGAAUGGUCCAGGAUCUAAUAGCCACCACUAUUACAUUGAUGUUCGCAAGCCACCCAUAAACGGCUAGCACUAGCUACCGUUUUGGGGGAGACGUGGAAGCUUCAUAUAUAUAUAUGCAUGGUGUUGCAUGAACAGGGCGCACCUCGUUAAAUAAAGUGGAACUAGCACGUCAAGUUGAAGUAAUAUUAAUUUGUCUUGGGUAAGUGUGCAUAUGUUAGUUUCACCAAGAUUAAGCUUUCAGUCUCCAUGUGUUGUUUACAUGAUUAAAUGUAUUAAUAGUAUGGUU